AUGGCUCUCUCCAGGAUCUGUCGAGAGUCUUUGCUGGUGAUUUUACUGCAAAUCGUGCUAAUUUGCUCGGCUCAGAGGGGCCCGGUCGGUCCCAGAGGCUCCCAGGGGCCGCUGGGAGUAGCAGGCUUUCCCGGUGUGGACGGAAUUGAUGGCGACAGAGGAGAAGACUCCACAGUGAACGGCGGACCAGGGGCUGACGGGGAUAACGGCAAAGACGGAGCUGCAGGAGCUGCAGGCCUUCCAGGCGCAGACGGACCCGUUGGACCUCCUGGAGAUCCAGGCACAGCGGGACUGAACGGACCCAAAGGAGAUGCCGGGACCCGUGGGCUCGCUGGAGAACCCGGCGUCGGACCCGAUGGGCUGGAUGGUAUUCCGGGUACAGACGGGCUGCCGGGCGAACUGGGAAAAGUUGGACCAUCUGGAGUGAGAGGCAAGAGAGGUCAAGUGGGUCUCCCUGGUGCUGCUGGGCCUCGGGGUCUUCCAGGCGUGUAUCAAGGCGAGGACCUGUGUCCCAACGCCUGCCCCUCUGGUCUCAAUGGACAUUCUGGUCUCCCCGGCAUGAAAGGCCACAAAGGAGGUAAAGGUGAAUCUGGUGAGCCCGGAAGACAAGGACACAAGGGAGAGGAGGGCGAACAAGGACUGACCGGUGAAGUUGGAGCUCAAGGACUACCAGGUCCAGGUGGAUCAAGAGGCCUCGCAGGAAUAUUUGGCUCCAAAGGUGACCGGGGAGCUCGUGGAAAAUCCGGAGAUGGAGGUCCUCAGGGGAUCCAGGGCGGCCCAGGCGAUUUGGGUCAAAGAGGAGCCAUAGGUGAGCUCGGGCCAGUGGGAGUGCAGGGUGAUCGAGGUCCAUCUGGAAUCAGAGGAGUGCCAGGGCCAGAAGGAGAUCCAGGCCUCGCCGGUCCAGACGCCCGUGAGGGAAUACCCGGUCUACCAGGAUCCAAGGGUAUUACAGCGAAAAAUGGGGCUCCAGGUGAUGCCGGCCCACAAGGACUUCCUGGUUUGCCAGGCACUUAUGGCCAAAAAGGAGUCAGUGGUGCAGUGGGGAGCUCAGGUGAUCCAGGUGUUGUAGGACUGAUGGGCUCUCCAGGGAAACAAGGCGAGCGUGGCGAGCAGGGAGAGGUGGGAGCGAUGGGACCCAGAGGAGGACCGGGUGGACGAGGAGAGCGAGGACCUGACGGGCCUCUAGGAUCACCAGGAGCCAGGGGAGGCAAAGGGGACCCAGGCCUUCCCGGACUGCCUGGCCCUGCUGGCUAUCGUGGGCAGAACGGCGACAGGGGUGGAGUCGGUCUUGAUGGUCCACAGGGAGACCAGGGAGGUGCAGGUGACGAAGGAACAGCAGGAGGUGUCGGGGAGCUGGGGGAUCAAGGAGAACUGGGAGAGAAAGGAUCGACUGGCCCACCUGGAGAGACAGGAAAUAAAGGACCUGAGGGCGGCCGAGGACAAGAGGGCAAAGAGGGCAAGCCGGGCCAACAGGGACCGCGGGGCAUGCAGGGCGACAUGGGGGUACCGGGCCUGCCGGGGUCGCAGGGACCAGCGGGAAAAUUGCUCACAGAUACUCACAUCAAACAAGUCUGCAUGAGGGUAAUGCAAGAGCAGCUGGCCCAGCUAGCAGCGAGCCUGAGCCGGCCGGAGUCGGGCAUCUCUGGGAUCCCCGGACCCCCCGGCCCGCCUGGACCUCAAGGCUCCUCCGGAGAGAACGGUUUCCCCGGACACACCGGAUCACGAGGACUGCCCGGUCUGAAGGGUCCAGCUGGGCUGUUGGGUCGCAAAGGACACAAAGGUGACCAGGGGGACAGAGGGGACAAAGGACCCACAACGAGAGGAUCCAAAGGAGCGCCAGGUGCCCCCGGUCUACCAGGUGAACCCGGUCGACCGGCUUACGGCAAAGAGGGUCGUGAAGGUCAGCGGGGACCCCGUGGUGUUUCCGGUGCAUCCGGAGUUCCCGGGCCUCCCGGUCCCGCCGGCAUGAACGGUUACUGUGAGUCGUCACAGUGCGUCCUGCCCAUGAUGGCGUCACCGGUUUCUGCAAAGGACUCCGGCAUGAAGGGCCCCAGUGACAUGUGAAGAGGAGCAGAGAACUGAAAGACAGGAGCAGUCGGCCCUCCAUGGGAGUCCAUGUUUGUCUGUUUUUAUUUGGAAAGUAAUUUUGUUCCCUUGAAGCCAUCUUUGUGGUUAUAAACUGACAUGGAGGUGGACACUGAACAGCAAACAUCCGCUUUUGAAACUGCUUUACAUAAAAAGUUUCACUUUACCUCACUUUGCCAUCUCUGUACUGUACAAUUAGAGAAAAGAAGAACUUCCUGUUUGUACAAACCUACCAACACAUUUCCAAACAAGACGAGUCUGAAAGUUCUUCUGUAUGUUUCUGUAAAUGUGUCAAUACGCAGAUUACACAGCUGGAUGACGUACAUUUUGUUUGUGAGCAUCUUUGUUGUUGAUCCACUUUAACCCCCGCUGUGCCUUCCCCUCUAACUUUAGGAUAUGUGUGAUGAUUUCUGUCAUGACGUUGUUUUUGCUGGCGAUGUGUGGAAACCUCUCCGGCAGGUUUAUAUGACUUCUUAUUUAUUAUAUCAAGGUUCAAGGUGACAUCUUCGAGUUGUACAAAGGAGGAAAUAAACACAUUUUGAUAACCUCGUGCAUGUUUUGUAUGGACGAGUCCGGACAGAAACAACCAGGACUGCGCUCAAAAGACU